CACACACACACACUCAUGGGCAGCGAAUGACGUAGGGCUCACGCUGCGAAAAACAACAGCGAGGUUCUUAUGGGCGUUCCGCGAAACAAAAUAGCUUCACACUUGGGUGAAAGUUGUCUCAACUGUGUUUUCUACGAGAAAAUGCCCUUCGCGGCACUAGUUAGGUAUUUGACAAGCAUUACAUAUUCAUCCGCUCCUACAUGAGUGUCAAGAGCGCGUCAGUACCCGGAUGGACUGUCAUGGCCGCCGUCGCUGUGGAUCCAUAGAGGGGAGAGAAGGAAGGCGAAUGUUUGUACGGUGUGUUUUUUUGUACCGUAACCUCCUUUUCACCAUGUCGGACGUUGACGAGGACGCCACCUGAACUUCCAUCGAGUUCACAGUCCAGUGGAGCUUCUGUUCUUCAGACCCGACAUGCAUGUCUGAGUUGUACUAAAGGAGUACAGAUACCUGUAGAUUUACAACUAUGGAAGAAGAUCUCACAAUACUUAACGAUUCUGCCAAAAACUGCAGCAUAUCAGUAACUGGGGAUGAGAAGGUAAAAGACUUUGUGUUUAAGCAUUUCAGAGAAGUUGCGGAUGGGGCACUCUUCAAUAAUGCAGAAGACUCUUCCCUCAAGGAGCAUGGGAGCUCCAUCAGUAAAGAUAAACCAACUCUGAAUAAAGCCCACUGUAAAAUACAGCAGGGGGCUGUUUUCUCUGGAAAAAUUCUCAGUUUUGGAUGCUCUGUGUGCAAAGAUGAUUGCAGAUACAGCCCCAAUGAUCUCCUUAAACAUUUUCGAGCAGCCCAUAAAGGAACCCUCCCUACAUACCCUUGUGACCUGUGCGGUUUUGUCACAAACGAGUUCCCUGCUCUUCAACGUCAUCGGAUUGAGCACAGGAAUACUCUUGUGACAUGCGAGCUCUGCGACAAUGAUGUGCAGUACUCUCUGCUUUUGCUUACCAGACAUUACAUCAUGUGUCACAGUCUAAAUGGACAGUUUACCUGUGACUGGUGUGACUUUACAACUGUGGACGCAGGUACAUUCGUCCAGCACAUUCAUCAUCACAAUGAGAGUCCUUGGAAGUGCUCCAAAUGUAGACAUAUCAGCCUGAACGAGGAGGAUCACCACAAGCACAUGAAAGCCCACUCUGGGACAUUCCCCUACACCUGCCAGAUCUGUGGAUAUGGUUCGGCAAGGGGCGAGUAUCUUAAAAAACACACAGCAGCAGUUCACAAAGAAGAAGCUGAAAGAAGGAAUGUAUUGAAGGCUAUUGACGAUAGCGGAAUCCCAGCAAAUGCAUCUGCAAGCUUAAAACUUUUGCUGAAAAAGAGUAGUGAAUCACAGGAGGCUCAGAGGAUAUCGAAACUGAACUGUCUGUCCGGGAAUUUCACCAACCAAAAUGGCAGGCUAAUCAAACCAGAGAUAUCCGUUGAAGAGACCCACCACUUUGUGGAUUCCAAAAAGGAAAACAAAAAUAUGGGUAAAGGCUCUCAUUACACAGAGCAAUCAAUGCCAAUAAUGUUACAGGAAUGUGACAACUCUGAAAGUUCUGCAAGUCACACUAGUCCUAAUGGUCUCACUGUUCUGAUGGUUAAGAACAAAAUCUCUCUCCCCCCCAACUGUACAACCAAAGUGAUGGGAUUCAAGAUGGUUGAUGGCAAAAAACAUUUAGUUCUCAAAGUAAUACCAACAACAAAGCAAGAUGUAUCCACUCAAAACCAUUCCUUUAUUGAAGAUUUGGGGUCCUCAGCACCAAGUCCUGUGUUGGAGAAAAGUAGAGUCCCAAAUGAGAAUGGGGAGUGCUCUAACAGCAGGAAUUCUACAUCACAUAGUUUGGCCGUUUCACCAAGAAGUGAAUCUAGCCUGCAGAUAGAUCAAGGCGAUAUCGUGGCAGUAAAAGUUAAGAUUGAGGAGGAAGAAACCUCUGUUAGCAACCAUGAUUCCCCUGCUCGAGAUGGAGAACAAACUCCUCACUCACUAGGUAGGUCUUCCACCUGUGCAGCCACCUUACAUCCCAUUACAAAUGAGUUUGAUGAUGUGGACGACCAAGGUCAGCCAAGGCAAGCCUCCUGCUCAGAAAGAACUAAGUUUCAUCAUAAUUCUGUAACAUUUAACUGUGAUGCAACCUGCCAUAAUGGUUCUCAAAUCAGUUAUACUUCAAAGAUGUUUCCUGGCAUGGUCACUGAUUCAUCUUCACCUUCAAAAGAUGCUGAGGAAAUAUUGUCUGCCAAACAAGUCUUGAAAGAAACCAUUGAAAACUGUCGGGCUUCAAAUGAGUUAUUGCUGAUUGAUACAUGCAACAUAGAAAAUGAUGACCAAUGUUCUCAGAGUACCUCAGAAGAAACCGACGCAUUGGGAACGGAGACUGAACAUAAAAAUGACAGGCUACGUUUUAAAAAGCUUUCGACUACCCCGGCACCUUCAUCGGAGUCAUCCUCGUACGCCUCAGUUAACCGCAGAGAGAGUUUCCCUAGCUGCACACAUAAUUCCCCAAACCAAGACGUAUUUCAUUUUCAUAAUUAUUCCAAGGAAACAUAUGGGACUUCACCUAGCAAUACCCAAAGCUUUGACAAUAUGUCUGAUCAUUCAGAAGAAAGUCUUUUUAAAUCCUCACAGUUUAGUUUGACGUUGGGAGAUACUCCUGAGCUAUUCACAGAAAGGGGUCAUAAAAACCCGACUGAAAAGGUCUCCGAGAGUCACAUUGGUGAGGGCAUAGCUAGUGUUGACGAUCCUGCCACUGAAGAUGAACAUCCUGAGUCAGUGCUUCAAGACUUUAAUAUCAUCAAAAUUGAGGAAGAGAGCAUUCCUAUAUCCAACAAACAGUCCGACACAAAGAGCAGUUCAAAUUUCUUAGGCACUUUUGUGGAGGAACAUUCAGAUGCAAUUAUUACCCAACAACUACAUAGGGAAAGAGUUGGGUCUUUGGGUGCAAGUAAUGAUUCUUUAAAACAAGCAAAAUCUGCUCUACGAAUUCUUCAAUUGUCAGAGGGUAAGCAAUCAGUACUACUAAGAACUAGUGAGAAUCAAUUUGCUGUUCCGGUGCAGGUCAACACCUCUCCAGGUUUCAAACUGAUAACCAACUCUGCCAGUCCCCAGAUCAAUGUAUCUUAUAUGAGGCCAGGGUUAGAAAGAUCAACUAACCCUGCAGGAGGAACCUUCACUCAAAGCAGCAAGAGCGCAGCAGGUACAUCUGAACUAAAGGCAGGAGCUUCUGAAAAAGGUACACUUCUCUCUCCUCCUCAACCAAGUGCUGGGACAACCUCAAAUCACUACCUUAUCAACAGCCCUGGUUUUAAGGGUCCCGUACUCUUCUCAAGCACACCACACAACACGCCUACGGACAAAACGGCAAAGACAUCGCCAACUUGCUACUUUGUACAGAGGUCCGUCCCAUUUGUUCAGACGCCCAGUGCUCCUGGCCUCAGACUGGCGAGUACACAACUCCAGUUGAACUCAAAGCCAGUUCUGGCGAUGCCUGUGAGUCCUUCAGAAAAACCUAGCACUCUGCAGACUGGUCGCCAGGCAUUCUUGCUCCGAUAUAUUUCUCCACCCAAAUCAAACGUACUAUCGAACAACUUAGACCCAAAGACUGGGGCUCGGUGUAGCCAAACCAAUGAAAGUACUGGAAACAAAGUCAUUUUUAAACUUGUCACUCCUACCGGUAGCCGUCUUACAAGUUGCGCUGCCACGUCAAGCAGUCAACCUUUGUUUUUGGCCAACAGACCUCAAACCCAGUGUUUUCUAGUGGCGUCAAACAAGACAAAUUCCUCUAUUGGAGUAAAGAAACUGAUCCCCCUACAAAAUACUGCACACAAAGACGUCAAUUCAACAUCUUUCAUUUCACCCUCUCAGAUGAAUGUAAAGGCACAACCGUACGAUGCAGAGAAACCUAUGCUGGCCCCAAGGCCAAUUAGGCCACCAAGCCAAAGGAAAAGGCGCAGGAAAGCACUAUUUGACGAGCUUCCAGCACCGGUGCAUAAAGCAAAACGACUCUCAAACAAAGCACUGACCGAGAAAGAGACUACGGUGUUAUGGAAGCCUGUAGCCAAAGACGUUGAAAGGACACUACGGCUCGUCCCAUUCAGUUCUCUGCAGCUGAUCAAAUGCCCUCGUAGAUACCAACCUGUGGUGGUGCUCAAUCAUCCAGAUGGUGACAUUCCCGAAGUGGCCAAUAUUAUGAAGAUAGUUAACAGGCACAAAGGUGUUGUUACUAAGGUCUCCCUGUCUCAGAAAACAAUCCAAGCGCUCUCCGAGCGUGGCGCUUUACAGAAGAAUUCCUCGACCAAAGGUGCACCGUCUUACAGGGAGGCGCCGAGACCCCGGCCAGUUCAGAGUUCUGUCCGAGAACGCUUCCUUCUCAAGCUGAAGCUAAGGAGAAAAAGUAAAAAAAAGUAUGAGGUAGUAGAUACUCUUUCAGGCUGCAGAGAAGAGCCUGUGGUGUUUGACUGCUGGUUUUGUGGUCGACUCUUUGGCAACCAAGAAGAUUGGAUUGGUCACGGCCAGCGGCACCUCAUGGAGGCCACCCGAGACUGGAAUAAACUCUUCUGAAAAGGGUUCCAUCACGUUUUUAGAUGUGAUAUUCUGUUCCUUUUCAAUUAACAAAAAAAAGUUUAUUUUUAAAGACUAUCCACAUUUCAUUUGUUCAAUUUCGGUUCCUGUAAAUACAUAUUCUAGUAAUUCAUAGUUUAUCUUUUCAUAGGUGCGUUUUCUAGUAAAAUAUGUACUGCAAGCAUGAUUAAUAUCAUGCUUGCACAGGUCAAAUUGAACUGUGAAAAUGGUACACUGUAUUUUGGAGAUUCAAGAGCACUAGCUUGAAGAGAGGGGACUAUAUCAGUAAAGGUUGUAUGUAGAGGUGGUUUAAAUUACUCAGGUGAUUUCAUAUUAAUCUGGCUCGUCACUUUUGCUUAAUUUCUUGCCUAGUUUAAGGGAUUUUUAUGUUCUUCGCUAUCCUACAUGUGCAGACCGUAAACUAUUUGCAAAGCUUACCGCUUAAGUUUGUUGGCAAAUACCUUUUUUGUUUUACUCUUGUGGUGUAAAGUCUUAUGGUCCAAAUUGUGUCCAUUUUGUAUGUUUUUAAUUGAAGGGGAUUUUAUUCUAUCUGCAGGCUUCGUUUACUGAUUGUCAGGAUUUUGUCAACCUUUAGCAUGUACUCUUCGGACUAAAAAUUGUUCAAAGUAAUGUAAAAAUGUUGCAAAUACUGUUUUCUAAAAUACUUUUGCAGAGGAUAAAUCUGUUAAACUGGCUCUAAGGGAAUUGACCCAUUUUACGCCCUAUGCAGUUUCCAAGCAAGUUUUAUUGUUUUUCAACAGCUCAGAUGUUUAACCUUUUAAAAUGCCAAAGAUGAUAGAAUGGCUGCAUUCCUUUAGUCCUUUUAGAAUUGGAAUUGUACAGGUUUUGAGUAUUAUUCCCCCAGCUGUCAGUAACCGACUGCAACUGACCUUUGUUCAUUAUGGAUUCACCUCCACUAAUCAACCAAUGAAUAGUUUGGUCUAUCAAAGGUCACAAAACGGUGAACAAUGUAUUUUUAUAAAGAUCACAGGGACAACAUAUUUUAGUUUCAAAAGUUUUGCUUUAUUAUAUACAGUAAAUGGAAAAGCAGCAAAUUCUAAUUUAGUGGCUAAAACAAGCCAACGUUUGGAAAUUUUGGUUAAAACUGACUAGGUUAGGAGUCAAAACAUUAGCAAAUUGCCUUCUAUGGAUUGAAUAAUUGAUUCAAUUCAAAAGCAAUCGGUUAGACCUAUAAAGCUGAAGAAAUUAAUCGAAUCGCUUACUCUCUUCUGCUUUAUUGGUCUAAUUGUUAACAUAAUUUCUACCCAGUCAACCCAUACACGUCCUGUAGAUAUUUCACAUCCAAGGCCUGUUGGGAAAGCGAGAUUGUAGCGUAAUCGGGCUGCCUUUCAGUGACUUACGUAUGCGUAAGUCACUGAAAGGCAGCCAUCCUGUGGAGGCCUGUUAUUCCAAAAUCUUCUACUAAACAGGUUUGUAGGAAAUUGUGUUACUGCUGAUUUGAUUCUGGAAAAGGUUGUUUUUCAUAAUGGGAGGUUAGCUGGACCACUAAGGAAGUAAGAAAUAAUCCAAAUCUUUACUAGAAUAGGUGAGUGUGUAUAUAAGAACUUGGCCCAAAAUAAUAUCACCAGAAAAGGAACUUCUAUCCCUUUUUUCAUGUUCCAUUAAGGGGUUUAUUGUUAAUCUCAAAUACUUCCAGAAGUAUCGUUUUAAUUUUACAUUUCUGCAUGCCAACAUGGACCUUGUUUUUAGUUUUUUUUCAUGGUUUAAUGAUUGUAUCGCAUGUUUCCUGUUUUAUUCCGUUCCAUAUGCAAGUGACUGAACAAUGCAAGCCAUGCUAAUGUUUUCAUACUUUCUAAAUGCUUCUAAACAGCCAGCCUCCUGUUACUGAUGUUCUGACCUCGGUAUUUACCACUUUUCACCAGCAUUUAAAUGUUAUUUCAAUCAACAACUCUGCCCUAUUAUUCUACAUUUGGUGCCUGAAAUCUUCUUUUGUAAAUCUCUUAAAUUGUAGCUUGAGUAGUAGCUACAUUACACUUUAAACUGUCGCUGUGUGUCCUCUUCCUAAAGGAAUUUGUUCAGCAUUUUGUGAAAUUUCACUUCCUACAUAUUUCUUUUCUCCAUAGAUUGAGUUGAGAAGCUUACUGUGUCUCUUACGUCAACUAGCUUUGCAAACAGACCAGGUUCAAGGUAAAAGCUUGAUUGAACCUGUCCAAAGUAAAAGAAAACACAGACCGUUAACACCUUUAUCACUUGCUGUAUGUGGUGUGCGCUACAUUUCAUCUGUUUGUGGUUUUAGUGGGAGUUGUUCCAACAAUGUAUCGGCAAACACCAGUGCAACCCAUCACCACUGCGUCUCCGGCUACACCGUGGGUUGCCAGAUACGCUUUGUCCAAACUUCACUGGAGUACAGGACUGUUUCUGCACGCUACCACCAAAGUCACAAUGUUUGGUAUUUAGAGCUCUUUCCCGCCUACUUCCAGCCUUUAUGCUGAUGCUGAUAUUCUCAUCUCACAGUUCCAGAGUACAUGAUUAGCCUAGCCUAGCAUUAAGACAGUCACCAGGAAAACAAGUUACAUGUAACUUCUCUGUAAUAGUUGUAAUUUCUAUGUAUUGUUUUGUGAACAGAUUUAAACAAUCCGAUGGAAUUUGUCAUUUGGUGAACUUUAGCAUGAUGACAAGAGCUCUAUAUGUAACACAGUCACGACGUUGAUAUCCAUUUGCUCAUCUCACUGUAAAGCGAUUAUUUUAAUGAAAGCUGUCUAGCCUGCUGCCGAAAGCUAACUUCCUUGGUCAUAAUCUUGUUUUCCAGAUAUCACCUCUUGCUUUGUCCGCUUUCAGAUGUGGAAACAUUCCAACUCAAUGAAGCGCUGUUAACAUUUUUAUUAGAAGAAUUGAAAUGAUCUAAAACAAUUAAAUGGUCUGUAUUUCUGUCUUCUCAUUCUGGUACGUAAGUAAAAUAGCAAGAUGUAAAGUAUCAGUUUUUCUGGGGUAUUCAUUUGUUUUCCCGAUUGUUUCAUUCUUUAAGUUUCAAUUAAACAUAUGUAUGUAAUAUGUUGCAUAGAUAUUUAGAAUUUUAGGAUACGAAAUAAGAUAAUUGACACGAUUCAGUGCUCAGUACAUACAUUCAAUGCAACGUUUUGUAGCUCCCCCCUUUUGAAAGACAGCUGGAGACGAACACAGCCAAAUGGAUCAUCCACCUUCUUUCCUUCAUCAGAAUACUGAUAAAUAUAGAAUACUUCAUGGCUUGUAUUAAGGGGACACACUACUAGAUUGGCUCAUUUUCUCAGUUGUGACCCCGAAUGGAAAAGUGAGCAGUGAUAAAACUGUUUACUACAACGAAACAGCUGCUUCUCUCCUCCGGAUGAUGUUGCUCCACAAACUGGAUUUUAGCUUCCUUGUGUACGUUAAAGUUGUUCCUGUCCAGCAGGUUGUUCACAACUUUACCGAAUCUCUCAUGCAAAGUGCCUCGAAUGUCCUUCGGCAGGUCGACAAUGUGUACUGUAUUCUUUUUGUUCAACUUUAUGGUUCAGUCUCCUCUAAUAAAUGUACAUACCUAGUUUAAAAAUA